AUGAUGGAACAUAAAGAACCAACAACAGUAUCGUCAUUGAAAUCGAAACUUUUUCUUAUUAUCACAUUAAUUACCACUAUAUCUUUAAUUAUAAUUAUUGCUAUAGUUCUUUUGGCAAGUAGUAAUUAUCAACAACAACAACAACCGUCAGAAAGUGCCGUUAUAAAACCUCUGAAAACAUUUUCUAAGCAAUCAACAACUACUUCUACAACAACUAUAUCUCCUGAAGAAAUACAACGAUUGUCGCUAUUCAGAGAAUUUCUCAAUCUAUCAUCAAAUCGUCCUAAUCCAAAUCUAUCGCGUUCAUCACUAACCAUGAAUAAAUUCAUGCGUUCAAUUUAUCGACAAACUUAUGACGAAAUUGGUGUUCAAAGAAAAAAACGUUACCUAGAUCAACAUUCAAAUUUGUAUCUUUCGGAAGAUUUGGAUUCUAUUAUUAGUUUACCAAAUCAAUAUCAACAUUCGUCAACAAAUAUAAGUUAUCAUUUUGAAUAUGACGGAGCACUAGACUAUCUUACAUACGCAGAAUUUAUUUUACCUAUGCAUCAUGUAUCUAUGAUUCAAAUAUUUUUUUCAACAUUUAAUAUUUCAUUCAAUCGAGCUUUUACAAAGGAUAAACAUUGGCUAAAAUUAAAUUUAACGCAAUAUACAACAUCAUUUCCAUUAAAAUUUCACGUUCAAUUUAUUCAUGCAAAACAAAAAUCUGCUUCAUUUUCAUCAGGUUUUUUAACACUAUAUUUUCGACGACCAUCUCAUGCGAUAUCACGUCGUGAUCUAUCAUCAUUCUAUGAUAAUCAACUAAUAACAUAUCCCGAUGAUCCAUCAUAUUGUCAAGUUCGGCCAUUACGUACAUCAUUUUCUGAACUCAAUUGGUCAUCAUGGAUUAUUGAACCAAGUUCAUAUGAAAUGAAUGUAUGUUCAGGUACAUGUCAUACACAAUCCAAUAUGGGUACUUAUUUUAUUGUUCAAAAUUUACUCAAUCAAAAAUAUCCAAAUAGAAUUCCAGCACCAUGCUGUAGACCAAAACGUUUUUCGUCAACGAUUCUUUUGUAUUAUGAUGGACCUAAUUUAGUGUUAAAAAGACAUGAAAAUAUGCGUGUUGUUGAAUGUGGUUGUUCUUCAUAG